AUUCAACAACCGGAAGCUCGUGUUGAUGGUCCGUCAUGUGUUCCGGUGCCGCAACGCCCUCCAGCUCAACGUUAGCUAAGCUAUGCUAGGCUAGGCUAGGCUAAGUUAGCUAACAAGGUUGUUGUUGUCUUCGCUUUGCAGACGGAAACAUCUGACUGACGAUCAAACCUAUGAAGACCAUUCACCGUCGUGGUGCGUUCUGUGACCACGCCCCCAGCAGCCUGUGACCACGCCCCCAGCAGCCUGUGAUGCACUUUUAGCCGCAGCCAGACGUGAUGGCGCGCCACAGCAAGCUGCAGAAGCAGGUCCUGGCUCUGUACCGACAGUUCCUGCGGGCCGGACACGACAAGCCGGGCUUCCUGCCUCGCAUCCGAGACGAGUUCAGGGAGAACGCUGGCAUCAAGAAGACGGACGUGAUGCACAUCGAGUAUUUGUACCGACGCGGUCAGCGGCAGCUGGAGCAGCUGAAGGACGCCAACACCAAACAGCUGGGCACCUUCUCCAAGAAGCAGAACAGCUGACCUGCCACCUUGGUCAUGUGACCCGGGAAUACCCACACAAAGACUCGUUAUCACACCAUUUUAUGUUCAUGUCUGGCCUUUGUUCAUCCUCACAUUAAAACACAUUUAUUUGGUGGUCAAAUAUGUAAAUAUCACAUUUUAUUGUUUUAGUAAAUACAUCCAUAUCACAUUUAACUGUAUUUAGUACAUAAAUGUCGCAUUUAAUUGUAUUAAAUACAUAAAUAUCACAUUUAAUUGUCUUAGUAAAUACAUCAAUAUCACAUUUAACUGUAUUUAGUACAUAAAUGUCGCAUUUAAUUGUAUUAAAUACAUAAAUACCACAUUUAAUUGUCUUA